UCGGAAACGGUCGAUCAAUCGGCAAAUCCCCAAAUCGAUCCGUGGGCGUGGUGGGGGAGGGGACGACGUACGAACGCGGCGGCGAUGUCGUCGGGGCGGUCGAGCAGGAGCAGGAUCGCGGUGGUGGCGGAGGACCGGUGCCGGCCCAGCAACUGCGGCCUGCAGUGCCGCAAACGGUGCCCCGUCAACGCCACCGGGCGUCAGUGCAUAGAAGUUACUCCAUCAUCGAGAGUAUCCUUAAUUUCUGAGGACCUAUGUAUUGGAUGUGGUAUUUGUGUGAAGGUUUGUCCCUUUGAUGCUAUCCAGAUUGUAAACUUGCUAAGUGAUCUUGACAAGGAGACGACACAUCGUUAUGGACCAAAUUCAUUUAAGCUUCACAGGCUGCCUGUUCCAAAACCUGGGCAAGUUUUGGGCUUGGUAGGGACAAAUGGUAUUGGUAAAUCAACAGCACUUAAAAUUUUGGCGGGGAAGGUGAAGCCCAACUUGGGUAAAUUCACAGAUCCCCCAAGUUGGGAUGAAAUUCUGAGGAAUUUCCGUGGAUCUGAACUCCAGAAGUACUUUACUCAUCUAGUGGAAGACAAAUUGAAGGCAACUAUGAAACCACAGUACCUUGACCACAUUCCAAAAUCUGUUGAAGGGAAGGUUGGAGACCUUCUUAGCAAAAAAGAUGAGAGACAUGUGAAAGACCUAUUGUGCGAUAUUCUGGAAUUGAAUCAAGUUCUGGACCGAGAUGUCUCAGCUCUAUCUGGCGGUGAACUCCAGAGAUUUGCGAUAGCUGCUCGUGCUAUGGAAGAAGCAAAUGUUUAUAUGUUUGAUGAGCCAUCCUGCUAUCUUGAUGUGAAACAAAGGCUGAAAGCAGCACAAGUUAUUCGCUCUUUGCUUCAACCCAAAAACUACGUGAUUGUUGUGGAGCAUGAUCUUAGCAUACUUGACUACUUAUCAGACUACAUAUGUUGUCUUUAUGGGACUCCAGGAGCAUAUGGUGUUGUUACUUUGCCCUCUUCAGUUAGAGAAGGAAUUAACAUUUUCCUGAAUGGCUUUAUACCAACAGAAAACCUGCGUUUCCGUGAGGAGAAACUCACAUUUAGAGUUACUGAGUCUACUGAGGAGAUCAUAGAGGGUCAGACAUACCAAUACUACCAAUAUCCUACCAUGACAAAAACAAGGUGUGGCUUUAAGCUGUCAGUCACAGAAGGCAGCUUUAAUGAUUCCCAAAUAAUUGUAAUGCUCGGUGAGAAUGGUACUGGGAAGACAACAUUUAUCCGUAUGCUGGCAGGACGACUGAAGCCAGACAAAGUAGGAGACGAAGAAGUUGAUGUGCCCGAAUACACUGUCUCAUACAAGCCUCAGGAAUUGAUAUCUAAAUGUAGCUCUACAGUGAGGGAUCUUCUAUUCGAGAAAAUACUUGGAUCAUGCACUAAAGCCCAGUUCAGAUCUGAUGUCAUGAAACCACUGAAAAUUGAGGAACUCAUGGACAGGCAGGUUCCAACUCUUUCUGGAGGGGAGCUGCAAAGGGUUGCACUUUGUCUUUGUCUCGGCAAGCCUGCUGAUAUUUACCUCAUAGAUGAACCAAGUGCCCAUCUUGAUUCAGAGCAGAGACUUCUUGCGGCGAAGAAUCCCUGGCCUCUGGGAUGAACCGUUUUCUUUCGCGUCUUGAUGUCACCUUUAGGAAAGAUCCUACAACCUACAGGCCUAGGAUCAACAAGCUAGGCUCUAUAAAGGAUGCAGAGCAGAAAGCUGC